AUGGCCUUCAGGGAAACUGCUCUUGGGAUGCACAAUAACUUCAGAGCAUUCGUCGCGACUGGACGAGCCAGGAAUGGAUAUUACGCCGCCGAAUAUGCACCGCCAGCAGCGCUCAUGUACCGCCUGAAGUACGACUGCUGGGCUGAAGCCUAUGCCCAAGCACACGUGAGGAGCUGCAGUGGACGCGUAUCAAGUCCCUGGCAGAGACCUGGCUGGAAGGAAAACAUCCACGUUCUCCGAACGACAGCCACCGAUGACUUGGGAGCUAUUCAGAACGUAAGUUUGAAAUUUAGCCGUGGCAAAAGCUUCUUGUCACUAACUUCUUCAGGCCAGCCUCAUUCACUUACUUCUUCCAAUACCAUUACAUUUAAGGCGAUUGCGAGGUGGCAGUCUGAACUUGUACUAUACGGAGUACCUUCGAACGUGGUCUACCAAUCUUGGAUGCGUGAUGCAACGAGAAGGGUUGUGAGACACAUGACUAAGGUUCGCCACUACGUUAUCAGUGAAGAGCUUGAGCUUACACGAGAGAUAGUGUGA